AUGGCGGUGGUGAGAACAUCACUGCAGAAAGUUGUGGUAUUGCUACAUCGCUUGCAGAGAAUGGCAGUUUCAUCACCACGUUAUCAAAAGCUUUGUAAGGAUAUCCAGGCUGAAAUUGAUGCUCACAAUGAUAUCUUCAAGAGCAUUGAUGGAAACAGGCAGAAGAUGGUAAAAGCUUUGGGGAAUUCUGAGGAGGCUGCAUUGUUACAACAUCGUAUUGAUGACAUGAACCAACGUUGGAAUGAUCUGAAAGCAAAAUCAGCCAGUAUCAGGGCUCAUUUGGAGGCAAGUGCGGAGAAAUGGAGUAAAUUAGUGACGUCACUGGAAGAACUUAUCAAAUGGCUAAAUUUGAAAGAUGAUGAAUUAAAGAAGGAGAUGCCUGUGGGUGGAGAUGUUCCAACUUUACAGCAGCAACACGACCACUGUAAAGUAAGUUGCUUAAUUUCACAUUGUUAUUUCGUCAUGAGCAUGUUUCAGUAA